AUGCCCUCAUAUAGAUCGUUGAGGUUGGGGGUCCUGUUGCCCUUCCUAUUUACCCUGUCCAAUCUCCACGCCGAGGUCGAGGGACGAGAGACGAGGCUCGUGCCGGGAGUUGAUCAGAAUGGAGAGAGGAUUUUGCUUCCAUCGCAUCGGACACCCGCACUCUACACCGGAGAUUUUGGCGACUGCGGUGGGGGAAACGACUUGUUCAGCAUAACCAAAUUCGAUGCCGGCCUGUACAGGGACAAUUUUACUGUUCUUUUCAAUAUGCAUGGGUCUACGGCCCUUACCAACGAGAAUGUUAUGUACGGCGAGCAGCGGUUCGAGAUGAUUUUCGAUCCAUGCUUAACGCAAGUCUACAGUAUGUGUCCCGUUGAUGUUAGUACUCCAAUAACAGCAUGGGCGCAAAUCCCCAUCCCUCCAUUCGAACUCGACGUUAUUCCGAGUAUAGCCUACGGAAUUCCCGAUUUCGAUGGCAUUGCGCGUCUACAAAUAUUCUCGAAUACCUCUCAAACACGUGUAGGAUGCUUCCAGGCCUCGUUGAAAAACGGCCACAGCUUCUCGCACCCUAUAGCGAUCCCAAUAGUGCUCGGCUUCUUUACGACUCUGGCCGUCCUUUCUUCUUUCGUCCUUGCCAUAUACGGCAGCAACAUCCCCCAAAUGAGGACUCAUUACGCCCACGCCAUCUCGGGGUUAAUCGUGUUCGAGACUUUCCACUCCAUAUUCUUCUUCGGCGCUGUGUCUGUGCGGUGGCCCAGCGUCCUGGCGGCUUGGAGGAGCAACUUUGCCUGGUCAGCUGGCCUCAUCUACGCGGACAAGGUGGUCGAUGGCAUAUCCUCUUUCGUCGGGAUAACUGGGAAUGCAAGCGAGGCAAAUACUGUCGGAUCUGUUGUUUCUGAUAGCGGGUUUGCGCAGCAACUGUACGGACGAUCCUUGCGUGUGCAGCGGACACGUGAGACCAUAGACAAGUCCGUCGCAAUCUCGCAGGGGCUAUUUAAGAGGCAGAGCCCGCCUUUCAAUUCGAGUAACCCGGACGAUUAUACCUGGGGUGGUCGUCCAGCACUACCAGGUCUGCCGUUGUCUGGUUUCCCGAGCAGAUUCCCUGGCACGCUUGCCGAGGUGAAGAUACCGGCCCCUGAUGCAUUUCUUGUGGCGAUUAUAUGGUCCAUCAUUCAAAAGCGGGUUGAGAUUGAAAAGUUCAGCUACUUCCGAUCUCAUUUGCCCGGCUACAUAGGAGUUGCUAUCCUGAGGACAUUCUUCAUCGGCUUCGCUCCUUUGAUGACCCUGGCCCUUUUUCAGCUCACGCUCCCUGGACCGCCGGAGCCGAAGGUCAUCGCGGGCGUGCUGGGGUUUCUCAUCCUGCUCAGCGUGGGCAGCGUUGUCGGCUAUGCGUGUUACACCCGGCUUCGGUUCGGUAGAUACGAGAUUGCCUCGGAUAGACUGAGGCUCGAACGAGGGCGAAUUUUCAAAGUCGUCCCGUUCGUCACCAUCAUCUGUGCCUCGAGGCUCUUACUAGAGGAAGAAUCCUCCCGGCGCCCGCUUGCAACAAUCCCCUGGUUCCGAAUCAGGUACAUCGACGACAACAAAAGCAGACCUACCGCGCAUGAGGACGAAGGCUACAUCAAGAGAUUCGGCUGGCUAACCGCCCACUACCGACACACGAGAUGGUGGUUCUUCGCCUGGUGGUUUGGAUAUCAACUCGUGCGGGCAAUCUUCCUCGGAGCCGCCAUCACGAGUCCGACAGCGCAGGUAUUCGGCCUCUUGGUAGUGGAGAUCAUCGCCUUCGUCGUCAUCGCGAGACUCAAGCCCUUUGAGGGUUUGCGAAAUUCUGCGGUGGCGGUUUGGUUGCUAAGUAUUAGCAAGGUAGCUACGGCGGGAUUGUCCGUUGGAUUCUUGCCCGGCUUUGAUCUCGGAGGCAUUCCAUCUACGGCGCUAGGCAUCAUUAUUGUCAUUAUUCAAGCGGUUCUCGUGUUAGCCGUCCUGGUGCUCAUCAUUCUUGGCGUCAUAUCGUCGUGGAUGUCUCUCACACGGGACAAAGAGGACUUUCCAAAACCCCUGAAAUCGUAUCGAGCCAAGUUCUUCGAGAAACUAGAGCGCCGGGCUCCUGACAUGCCGGAGACGAAGGCGGCAGGUUCAGACGCCGAGGACCGAGAGCCCACCGCUCCUUACUUCUCGGUUAACAGAGUGCGGCGAGAACCAAAGAUCGGCGAGAGACUCAGCGCUAUCAGCGACCCAUACUUUGCAAUGAAUAACGGCUCCGGUAUCUUCCUCGCACCGCCCAGCGUGGGAAGCCGCCCCGUAAGUUUAAAUUCGAGACACUCCAUUAGCAGCCUUCGAAGGGCGGCUCUCGUCCACCCCGGCUCCCGUAGCGCCGUCGACCUGGUGGGAUUACCGGUUGAGACAGCCCCGUGGAUGGCGGAGAGGCCGAAUUCGACUCAUUCGAGUAGUCGAAGGAAACCGCAAAUGAGCCCUCCGCUGGAGGUGACGGAAGAUGGGGUGAUGAAUCGGGCAUAG